UGAUUAAGGGAAGAACAGUCUCAUCCACUGCACCACAUCCUUUGGUGGUGGUGAUGCCUCAACUUAACAUGUGCGUCCGCCUUUGUUUGUAGGAAAUAGUUAUUAAGCUUAUUUAUUACUAGUUUGAUGUCAAAUUUAGCCCGUCUGUGAAAUAGUUAAUCUUCUAAAACAAGGGCAGUCCGGUACCAAAGCAUCCCGCGUUCACGCAGAGUCGGGAGAAGGACAGCAACCUAAGGGGAUGUGAUGUAGGUUGCGUACCCUGAUGCAAGCAUCGGUAAUUCUACACCUCGAACCCGUGACCUAUAGGUCUUAUAGGUCACAAAGACCAUUACAUUAUACCUCCUUGGUACUUGCUUUAACAAAACACCAUUAUAUUAUUUAAAAAGAACAGCUAAUUUUCGAAGUUGAAUUGACCAAUUAUUGGACUUGUUUUAUUAAUCCUUUCUUGUGUAGCUAUCGAUGCCAGUUUAAUAAGCUUCAUCUGGAAUUCUGCCCACAUAGUUUAGAGAUCCUCCUAAUCUUCAUAUUCUUGUUUCUUUUCUACAGGUAGUGUUAUAUGAUGCCUUCUAAGGGUAAAAAGCAUUGUUGUCUAACUUUACCUUCCGAUGUACUUAGCAACCUUCCGGAGAAUGUAAUUGAUAUCAUUUUGAUGUGUUUGCCUUUUAAAGAUGCCGUGAGGACGAGCAUCUUAUCAAAUAUAUGGAGAUAUAAAUGGUGCAGACUUCCUGAGUUGACGCUUGAUGAAACUGUUUGGACAACUAAAAAUAAUGAAAUGUUCUGUCCGAGAAAAAUUUCCAUUAUUAUCUACCACAUUUUGAUGCUUCAUGUAGGACCAAUUACAAAGUUUAUCCUCUACAUUACUAGUUCGAGUCGUUAUCUUGAGAUUGAUGACUUGAUAUAUUUUCUCUUUAGAAAUGGCAUUCAGCAUUUUGUUCUUGGACUUCCAUUCAGUGGUAACCCAUACAAACUGCCUGUAUCAUUUUUCAAAUGCUUGCAAUUGACGCAUCUGACUCUCCAGAAUUGUUCAAUACUUCCUCCAUCAAACUUCAAAGGAUUUGACAGGUUAAUUAGAUUGGAAUUACGCGACGUCACAAUUUCUUCCAAAUUUCUUGGAAGUCUAAUUUCCAAUUGUCUGUUGCUCGAGCAGUUGGUGCUGCGAAUCUCAGAACAUUUGAACAUUAUUGAAAUUAAAGCUCCCAAGUUGAAAUCUUUUGACUUCACAGGCAGUAUAAGAUUUCUUACGUUAAAAGAUGUCCCUCUUCUUGCAAAACUUUCACUUGCAGAUACAAGAGAUGAUGAGAAAGAAGGAAUAUGUGAUAUUGCCAAGUUUUUUGAGUCUUUUUCGGCUCUUGAGCAUCUCCACUUGGGCAAUGGUAGUAUCGAGCUCUUUGCUGGAAUAGGUGGAGCUUUAUCAAAAAGGUUUCCCUUUGUUCUUAACUGUGUGAAACGUCUUUACCUAUCUGAUCGUUAUCGGGGUGAAUUGGAGGUCAUCUCGUUUGCUGUUUGCUUGAUUAGAAGCUUCCCAUGUUUACAAUAUCUAGAAAUUGAGGUGUUGUAUCUUCAUGGUGAUGGUACAUCUGCGCUGGAAUCUCUUAAAGUGGAACAUUUCUCGGACGUGACAUUUAAUCACCUCAAGGAAGUUAAUCUAAAGUAUAUUAAAGGCUCAAAGCGUUUGUUGCAGCUUAUGAAGCUUCUAUUAGCCAAGUCUCCGGUGCUGGUAAGAAUGCUAAUCGAGUCAUAUCAAGAUGAAGAAUCUGCAACAGUCAAAAUAUUCGCUACUGAGUUAUCAAAAUGUCAGCGUGCAUCACCUACAACAGAAGUUGUCUUCAUCAAACAAAAUUACUUGGCUAAAUUGAUUUCAACGUACCUCGCCAAAAUCAGAAGUUACUCUCAAGUAUGAUCAAGAUUGCCACAUUCUGAAAUGAGACUUAUGACGUGAAUUGAUAUGUGGUUGUUUAUUUCAAAGAUGUUGUGGGUUGCUGUGUGUUAAUUUUGUACUUAGGUUAUUUCCCCAAGCCUGAAGCCUUUUCUCAAGAAUCUCAAUGGAGAUUUGAUGCAAUUAUUGUCCCCUAGCUACUAGCACUGAAGACGAUAAAGUUGUUUCUGCAUUCGAAUUGUGGAACCAGCCACAAUGCGGGAUGCUUUGUAUACCAGGCUACCUCUUUUUUGUUUACUCACUGAUAUUUAUUAUAUUAUCUAUUUAAUCUCAUUUUUUUCUUAUUGAAUGUAUUC